GGCAAAUGUCCACAGGAAAGCAUCUACAAUUUCAGUGGUGUCACUCUUUGUAUAAUUAGCUUAAUAAUCUGUCCCCCCGUUUUGGAGUUGUAUUUCGGUAUUUAGCAAAUUCAGCUAACUUCUCAAACAUCUUCAUAUAGCACACGGAAAUGCUGUCACCGAGGUUCCGGUUCCUAAGGUCGGUGGCGUCCUUGACAACCAUGACGUUCUCCCGGGGGCCUGUGUCUUUGCAGGGGAAGGCCCCGGACAUGUCUGAGGGAAAUGCUCACUUGCUAAUGUCCAAUGUGCGCAACAGGCUGAGAGAGAUUGUGGGAGCGUCCACUAACUGGAGAGACCACCAGCAGGCGUUAGCUGACCGUUUGUCAUUGUCCAAUCAGCUGGCUGGUUCUCAGGAUGAGCUUCCUGUCCGCAGGAUGAAGGACAGCUACAUAGAGGCCCACCUUCCCCUAGGCACAGACCCUACCCUUAGAGAGAAAUACCUCAACUACCUCAAAGGUGUCAGGUUUGGCCGUAUCCUGGAGGAUCUGGACAGUCUAGCAGUGUUGAUCUGUUACUCUCACACCCAUAACAAGACACUUCAGAGAUCUCCUCUGUCCAUCGUCACUGCCCUGGUGGAUAAGAUAGACAUGAGGAAACAAAUCAUCCACCCUGACUGUGACAUCAAGUUCACUGGUCACGUGACCUGGGUGGGGAAGACCUCCAUUGAAGCCAAGAUGCACAUGUCUCAGUACCACGGUGGGGCCUACACUCCAGUUCUGGACGCUACGUUUGUUAUGGUGGCCAGAGACCCUGAGAACAAGAGGGCAGCGUUUGUUAACCCUCUGAAGCCAGAGGGAAUUGAGGAGGAGAAACUGUUUCAGCAGGGAGAGAUCAAUAAGACGCGUCGUAUAGAGCUGAGUACAGCGUCUCUACUAAAGGUGGCCCCUACUGCUGAGGAGAGGAAGAUCGUACACAGCCUGUUCCUCAACACCCUGGACAGCAAGACAGUGAGUUUCCGUAGCAGAGUUCUGCCUCCUAACUCAGUAUGGAUGGAGGAUGCCAAAGUCAAAGGACUGGAGAUCUGCCAUCCACAGGAGAGGAACAUCUUUAACAGGAUCUUUGGAGGGUUUCUGAUGAGGAAAGCUUACGAGCUGGGCUGGGCUAACGCAUGUGUCUACGGGGGGUGUCGGCCUAACUUGGUUGCCGUGGACGAUAUCCUCUUCCGGAAGCCAGUAGAGAUUGGCUCCCUACUCCUGCUCUCAUCACAGGUGUGUUACACAGAGGGAAAGUACAUCCAGGUCAGAGUUCAUACAGAGGUUCUUGACCCCAUGACCCGGCAGCACAACACCACUAAUGUCUUCCACUUCACCUUCGCCACAGACAAAGACGUCCCCAACAUAGUGCCACAGAGCUACGGCGAGUCCAUGUUGUACCUGGAUGGAAAGAGACACUUUAACCAGACCCUGGAGUCUCAGUGAGACGUGAUGAACACUGACGAACCCUGACCCAACACAACAACUACCUGCUAAAGCCUUAGUGUCCAGCCACCGCACCCGCACUCCUUACCGUACGGUGUGUGUGUGUAUGUGUGUGUGUGUCUAUUUGAAUAACAAGGUAUCUAUUAAUUUGUUUACCUCUAUGUACCAAAUAUAUAUAUUUAUAAACUGGGUGGUUCGAGCCCUGAAUGCUGAUUGGCUGACAGCUGUGGUAUAUCAGACCGUAUACCACGGGUAUGGCAAAACAUUU